GCGAAGUGAUAGUGGUUUCGUGAAACAAUACCGACACAUUCGAUCUGGCUACUAAAAACGUUCAGAAAUAGUCAAACAACGUCAACACGUGCUGAACGUCGUGGAUCGCUGCUACAGAGAGAAUGAAACAGUUAAAAGUACAAGACCAUCAUCCAAAGGUAAGUAAGCCAAAGGUGGUGGACACAAAAGAAAAAGAAGGGACUGUAAAAUCCCAGGUGGUGGGGGUGGAAUGGGAUUGAUGCUCUAUGGUUUCUUUUUCAGUUUUUCUUCUUCCUUUCUUUCUUUCUUUCUUUCUUGGCUUUGGGGUUAGAGCUGGCAACUUUACUUUCUGAUGCAAACAAUACCCCAUCAAGAGAGGAAAAAGCUACUCAAGAUAACAAAUAAAAAAUGAACCUACAUAGAUUGCAUAUGCAUGAUCAUGCAACAUAGCCUUGACGGCAGAGCAUUGGGAUUGUUUCAAUUAAGUUGGCAGUUUGUGUGCUAAGAUCUCCUUCCUGUAUAUGUCGCACUGAAAUCAAGUCGUGAAUUCGCGCGAACCCAGAAAGAAACGACCUACUUGCAGAGAGUUGAUCGAUCAAAGCAACCCAAUCUGCUUUCCUACUGUGUUUAAGGGGCUGGUCCAGACAGAAUGAUGACCUUUUGGUUACUACUCUGUAUUUCAGUCUUUGAACCUAGUCUGUAUUUCCAUAGUGCAGUAGCGGAAGUCGGCAGGAAGAGCAGAGGGUUUCAAAUGUCAAAACAGAGCAAUGUACUGUCAUGUCAUGAGUUGCGAGAGGCAAAAAAAAGGGGUUGCAUUACAAGAUGAAGAUGAGACGAGAUGAGGUUUGACUGACUGGAACACAGCAAGCAGACAUAGGAAUCCCCAAAUCAAAAGGCGUAAUCUUCUUAUUUUACUCUUUUUGCUUGAUUUCAGAGACCUGUAGGCCAUGGAUGAUGACCGAGGUGACAGAGGAAGCCGAGUUAAAAGAGAGGGAAAAGGGCGAUCGGAGGCGUUGGCUUAACGGGAAAGGAAAGUGCGAUAAAAAGCAAAGCAAAUUGAAAAGAGGGCUAAUAAGUUUCCACAUCAGCAGCUGCUGCCGCCAUUCCUCAUGCAGUAGUAACCUGCCGCUGGUGGAUGGCAUAUGGGAAGGAGGAAGGGUUGUUGUUGUUGGGGUUUGGCUUUUCUGGUUUGCGUCGUUGGCAUCCUUUUUCACGGUUGGUUGGGGGAGAAGAAAUCAAAGCCAAAGGGGAAUCAGAAUGGGGUCUUCAGUCUUGGACUCUUUGCUUUGCCUUAUGCGGAACAGCUGAAGCGAGUGAAUUAACUACCUCCGAUCUCCCUUAACCUUAAUUUACCGGGAAAUGGCAGGUCAGAAAGAAGCAAUUGGCGGUACCGGACUUGCGGGGAGUAAACUGAACAAAACCGGGGAUAUUUGCAAACUCUUUCCGACCUCCAUUAGACAAUUUAUCUUCCUUAAUUUACCAGGAAAUUGCAGGAGGCGAGGCGAGGAAGAAGCAGUUGCAACUUAGAAUCACUACACUCAAAUCUGCAGCUCCUUCUUCCACCCUCAGCCUUUUGUCGUCACCUCUCCCACCUUCGUUUUAAGAAUCCUUCCUUUCUUUUGUCGCCGCAUGCUCUGUUUUCGAUAUAACUAAGCAUUACAGUCGACAGAAAACCAACAACAACAGCUGCAGCUUACAUCAAAAGGGAACCCACCAAACCCUGCUCUGGGGAAAGCUCAGCUAUGGACUCCCCAUCUUUCUCCAACAACAUCAUCACCGUCCUCUGCCUUUUCUUGCUCUGCAAUCUCCCCUGUUUUCCUUCCUCCUCAGUAACCUUCCCAAAAGAAGCUCUCCCCACCAAGUCCGGAUAUCUCCCCGUCGACCCGGCAAAACCCGGCUCCGCCAUCUUCUACACUUUCUACGAAGCCCAGCAACCGUCUUCCCCCUCACUCUCCAUCACCCCGCUCGUCUUCUGGCUACAAGGCGGGCCCGGUUGCUCCUCCAUGAUCGGUAACUUCUUCGAGCUGGGUCCUUACCUCGUCACGCCUGAACUCGGCCUUACUAAGAACCCGGGUAGCUGGAAUCGAAUCUUCGGCCUCGUCUUCCUCGACAACCCAAUCGGCACCGGAUUCAGCACCGCAGCUUCUCCUCUCGACAUCCCCAGGGACCAAAACGCCGUCGCGUCGCACCUAUUCUCCGCCAUCUCCGUCUUCCUCCGCGGGUUGGGUCCGGAUUCCAAGACCCGCCCGCUUUACAUCACCGGCGAGAGCUACGCUGGUAAGUACGUCCCGGCAAUUGGGUCCUACAUCGUCCGCCACAACGCCAAUUUACCGGCGGCGGGGAGCUCAGAUUCAGAAUCGAGAUUGAACCUAAAGGGGGUCGCGAUUGGAGACGGGUUGACCGACCCGGUGACCCAAGUCCAGACCCAUGCUCUAAACGCCUACUUCUCCGGCCUAAUCAACGACCUCCAGAGGGAAGAAUUGGAGCGAGCCCAGUCGGAGGCGGUUCGAUUCGUUGGGAUGGAGAAGUGGAAGGAAGCUACCGAGGCUAGGAACAGAGUAUUGAACAUGCUGCAGAACAUGACGGGUCUCGCGACUCUGUACGAUUUCACCAAGACGGAACCCUACAAGACGGAGCUGGUGGUGGCGCUGCUGGCGUCGCCGGAAGUCAAAGCCGCGCUGAACGCCAACACCUCGAUCGUGUUCGAGGAGUGCGGCAAGGCGGCGGCGGCGGCGCUCCACGAGGACGUGAUGAAGAGCACGAAAGGUAUGGUGGAGGAGCUGCUGCUGUCGCCGCAGCCGCUAAGGGUGUUGCUGUACCAAGGGCAGCACGACCUGAGGGACGGGGUGGUGUCGGUGGAGGCGUGGAUGAAGACGAUCCGGCGAUGGGGAGGGUUGUCGGAGUUUCUGGCGGCGAGGAGGGAAGUUUGGAGAGUGGAUGGGUUGCUUGCUGGGUAUGUUCAGCGGUCGGAGACAGGGAGACUGACCCACGCGGUGGUUCUGGGAGCUGGACACCUUGUUCCGACGGAUCAGCCGGUGAAUGCUCAGGCGAUGAUGGAAGGGUGGAUUCUGGAGACGGGGCCUUUUGCUGCUGGUAAAGGUCGACAGCAGCAGCGGGUGAUUCCUGAUCAUUAUAGGUGGCAAUACUGAUGAAAUUCUAUACCCAAUCCAUCCAAUGUAGCCGCUAUGAUGAAAUAAAAUCUAUUGACGUUACAACAUAAUGUUCAAAUGUUACUCCCUUCCUCAAAUCCAUGCUAUCAAAAUUGAAGGAUAAUGGCUUCAAAAAUCGUUAAGAACAAGGCAACGACUACUAAAUAAAGAGGGCAAAUGAAGUAGAAGGGAAAUGAUUUGAUUGAUCAAGGGCUAGAAGAGUUGUAGUAAUAUAAAUGCACAAUAUGUGCCUGCCAGCCACUGCCACCAGCCUAUGCUGCUCAGAAUACUAAAAAUGGCUUCUUUACAACUCCCUUCUUUCCAUCCCAAGGAAUAAUACAGACAGAUCUAUUUCACUACUCCUGCACCUGCUGCUUCUAAAAUGGUUGGUCUGUCUCUGUCUGAUACCCACUAACUAUAAGUUUACCCCAAAGCAAGGAUUGGGAAAGAAAAAGAAAAAACAAGAACAAAAAUAAAACCACAACAGAAUUGCUUGCUACCACUGCUGCCCUCUCUCCCUAACCAGCUUCCCAGAAUUUGUCAGCAUCAUCGCCUUCUAAAAGCUGCUGCAGCUCCACACCUGUAUACGAUGCAUGAAGCACAAUCCCCCCCUACCAUCGACGAAUCAAACGAAACUGAGUAAAAUCACAGCAUUCUG